AUGUUGGGGAAGUAUCUACAGUUUAUGUACUUUGUCUUCUUGUGUUCCACACAACUUUGCAGUGGUGAUAAAAAUACAUCAGUAGUUUAUGCUGUCAAAAACUGUGUCUUGUCAGAAAACGCUUCAUUCCUUCAUGGAAUUGUUGGGCAUUUAUUCUCCGAUGAGUCUGACGAAAAAGCGGACUAUUAUUUUAGCGUUUGUGGUUUCAAAACAGAGGAAAACUCAUCAGUGUCAUUAAAUCAAUCGAUCAUCGCAGUUAGUGAAGCCAGUGUUGUAGAAUUAGGAUCGUUCACUAAUUUUACCAUUUCUAACAAAGGUGAUCGGCAUCUGGUAAGGUUCAAUGAUUCAGAGAUUAUAACAGACUUAAUUCUUGGUUGUGGUAGUAUGGCCGCCUUUCAUCUCAUCAGUCAUGAAAAUGAUAAGUCCUACAGUUUUGAUUUGUUCCAUCCUAGUCUUUGUUCUGUUCAACAAUCCACGAAAUAUACUUUCACUGUCAUUCUUGUAUGCUGUUUAGCUUUCAUUGUUGGAUAUUGUGUGUUAAGUUCUUUAAUAAAGAGAUACUUAUAUGGACGACCGUGGCAUCAAUCUGUUCCAUUCACCAAAACCUUUGAACAUUUGAAAAAUCGAUUUCAGGACUAUAUUGUUCUUCAUUGUCAUCGUCCACAAAUUCGCCUUGUUGAACCAGUAUAUAUGCCUCUACCGAAUGAUUCACCAGAACAAUUUAAAACUAAAAAUAACGAAUCAAUAUGCGAAAAUUCACUAGAACAAAAACAGUUGCUACUGUCGAAUUCAGAUGAACAACAAGAUGAUAUAUUAUUGGCUCUUUAA